GCCCAAUUUCAAAACGCGCCGACCAAAGUCCUCAACGAAGCUACUUCCCCGUUCCCACCAGGCCACCACCCCACCACACCCUUGCUUUUAUUUCUCCUGGAAGCAGAGGAGACGCCGACGCCGCCGCCGACGCCUCUCGCCUGCGACGCGCUCCGCCGCCCCCGCUCGCCGCAGGGCUCCCCGCUGUCGCCGAUCGAUCAUCUCCAGCAAGGUACCCAGCUGCCGCAGCGCCUUCCUGCGACGUCGGGUGCGCCGCCGACGAUGGUCCUCGUGGGCUCCAGCGCCGGCGGCGGCGCCGUUUGCUCUCCUUCCCACGGGGUGCGGGGUUUGAUUCACUCUCCUUGGGCCGGGUCGUGCUUGUUAGGUUGAUUGAAGGAGGGACCAAGGAGCAGUGGUCGCGGCUGUGUGUGAAGCUGUGUUUGUUUCGGUUGGUUGUUGGAGAUUGCCAGCAUCUGGGCCGAGGGUUGUGCUUCUUAACAAGGUGGUGGCUUCUGCUUGUUGGGGACAAAGGGUGUUUCCCUUUGUGUAAUCAUCAUCUGCCUUGGUUUUGUCGAGGCCGGGGGUACUGUGAGUGUGCUUGUGCCUGUGGACAUGGAUAAAAAUAAAAUGGAAGGGAAGAGGACAACUAGAGCUGAGUCUAAAUCAAAGGCAUCUUCACCCGCUAGUGCAAUUGCCUUUUCAGCCACCACCUCUCGUCCGCGCUCAACUCUCCCGAGUCUGCGGGCUGACGUGGACUACUCCAAAUACAAUCUGAAGAAGAUGAAGAAGCUCAGGCUUGUCGCGGAGACAGAGUGGUUCCCACCUCAGAGACAUGAUCGUCGCUUGACAAGCAGCCGGUUCUGGACAGUUGUGCACAAGGACCUGUACCUUGCUCUCAAGUCACAGGCCAGCGAUAUGAGGUGGAUCGACUGGUCGUCAGUCAACCAGAGUGUUGGCGCAGAUGUUGAUGUUCGUGGAUACUUUGCAGCUACUCCGGGGCUUGACAAGCUGUUAGAGAGGCAGGACCUCAGCUGGGCUGACUCGCACAUUCGUCAGUUCUACGCCACACUAUGGAUUCACCCAGACCGAUCGAGUAUCAAGUUCAUGUUUGGGAACCAACAGCGUGAGUUGUCCAGGGAUGAUUUCGCCGGGUCUCUUGGCCUGUCUUGCGGUGGUGUCCGAGUGCACACCUUGGCAUACCCCAAUGGGAACGGUGAUGAAGUUCACUUGCCACCUCUAGAGGACAUUCGCCACCUUUACAUCAAACCUCAUGCCGUGACAGAGUUCUGGAAGGACCAAAGUGAGUUGAACCAUGAAGCAGCUGUUGUAAACACAGUUGUGAGGGUGACGAUCCGUCCUAGAAUUGGAGGCCGCGAGUCCCUAUCUACAGUUGAGAUUUGGCUUCUGCACUUGUUGAGGUCAGGAAAGCGUGUUGACAUAGUAGAUUUGAUGAUUGCAGAGAUGCAGGACACUAUUCUGAAAAUCAAACGUCGGCUGCCCUAUGCCCCGUAUCUCAUUCACUUGUUUGACAAGAAAGGGUGGCUUGAGGAUGGCAUGAAAAAGACUUUGGAUCAGCACCUCAAGCCAUACAAAGCUCCGGGGCCCGAUGACAAGAGGAGGCUCAAGAAUAGGGCACUUCAGCAUGACAAGUCGUACAAGGCUCCAAAGCCCGAUGACAAGAGGAGGCUCGUGACCAGGUCACUUCCAGCCCAGAUGGAAGCUGGAUUUGAUGAUCAUGAGCAUGUAGAGUUGGACCAAACACUUAUCCCGAGCAUACAGGAGCAAGCUCUUGGGGACACCACUAAUGGGGAAGCUGACACAGAUCCUGGCCAACAUAUGGCGCCACCCCCAGUUCCUGAUGAGUUCAGAUCUGGCCAGCAGGGAGCUCAUGACGCAGAGCCAGGAGGGUCGGGUGGUCAUUUCGCAGAGGCAGGAGGCUUGGCUGGUCAUAUCUAUGACGUUCCUCCCAUGCUGCAGAGACAGAUUGAUCGCCAGACGGCUAUCCUUGAGCAGAUGCAGAGACAGAUGCAGGAUAUCCGGAACCUGGCUGUGGUUUCUAUUGGUCAGAGUAUUCGCCGCGACGCUCGCCACAGUGAUAUUCUGGCUCUUCUCGAUGAGAGUUUUAGUGCUUCCUGCGGACUCUAGGCGGCCUCCUGUCCCGCCGGUUUGACGCAACAGACUCUACUUCUCAGUGUCUAGUUUUGUGGUACGAUGAGCUGCUGCCUACUUCUGCUAGAUCGGAGUGUCCUCAGGUUCUCUCACCUUCAGGCUUAAGCCCAGCAGCCACUCGACGGGACCGAGACAUAAGCUGGCCAUUGUUGAUUAACUUCGUUGGUGGGUUUCCCUGUGUGUGUUUGAUCUAGAAUGGGGAGAGAUUUGACUGAUAUUAUCCUUUUGUGCGUGGAGUCGUCUUUUGGGUGGUACUGUAAGUGUACGAUACCUAUAUGUUCCAUGCCUACAUACUUCAGCCUGCUCCUUAUUUGGAUUCUA